AUGGCGAUCAAUUUAAAGCCAAAAGUGAGAAGACUCUUGCUGGAUAAGCGUCAACAAAAGCGAUAUGUUUUUCUUUUGAUGGCAUUCGUCUUCACGAUACUGUACCGUAUGGGCAAGUGGCCGUUUGCCUCAAAGAAUAUUGCGCUUGAUCCGCAUAAUUUGCCUUACUCCUUCCAGGAUUAUUCGGGCAAAGAUGAGCCAUUUUUCCGGGGCUGCACUGAUACAAAUCUGUAUUUACAAGACCCAGAUUAUGCCAAAAUGAACGCAUCUUUUGUUAUGCUUACAAGAAACGAAGAAUUAGGCGAUGUACUGAAAACUAUGAGAAGUAUAGAGGGCCAUUUUAAUCAAUGGUUUGGGUAUCCAUACGUGUUUUUGAAUGAUAGACCAUUUACAGAUCAUUUUAAGGGUCAAAUUCAAGCUGCAACUAAUGCCACUGUCGAGUUUGGCACUAUUAAUGAAACUGCAUGGGAAUUUCCUGCUGAAGUGCGCGAUUCAUUACUGUUCAAGACUGCAUUGGAAGAUCAGAAUGAUCGAGGAAUAAUGUACGGUAAUAUGGAAUCAUACCACAAGAUGUGCCGAUUUUAUUCCGGACUGUUUUACAAGCAUCCAUUAGUCUCUAAGUAUGAAUGGUACUGGAGGAUAGAGCCAGAUGUUGACUUUUUUUGUGACAUCUCGUACGACCCUUUUCUAGAGAUGGCCAAAAAUAAUAAGAAAUACGGGUUCACCGUAUUGAUAACUGAAUUGUACUGGACUGUUCCCAAUUUGUUUAGAACAACAAAGAGUUUCAUCAGGAAAACAGCAGGUUUGAAGGAGAACCUGGGUACACUAUGGAAAUUGUUUACAUUUAAUUAUAAUAUUCUAGACACAGAAGAUGAAGAAAUCUCUAGAUGGGUAAAUUAUCCGUCAGAUGCGAAACCGAAAUUGACUGAAAAGUUGAUGGUAGACUUCUUACUGGAGAACCGGGGCCAACUUGAUAAUGAAGAAGAUUUGGAAGGUAUACAAUAUCUGGUGGAAAGGGCUCGUUCUAAGAUGCCAUUGAUGGAAGAUUCCAUUGAGGGAGAAGACUACAAUUUGUGCCAUUUUUGGAGUAAUUUUGAAAUUGCUCGCGUCGAUUUAUUCGAUAAUGAAGUCUACAACGCUUAUUUCAAAUAUUUGGAAGAAUCGAACGGUUUCUGGACCGAAAGAUGGGGGGACGCACCAAUUCAUUCGAUCGGAUUAGGAAUGAUUCUGGACCUAGAAGACGUACAUUAUUUUAGGGACAUUGGUUAUAGACAUUCAUCCCUGGAACAUUGCCCAAAAAAUGCCAUACAAGGCGAGAGCAAUUCUGGCGAAUUUGAUGACGGCUUUGACUUCGGAUGUGGGUGUCGAUGUGUCUGUCCUAAAAAUGAAGAAGAUAUCGAAGAUAAUUCUACUCCCUGCAUGGAUAUUUUUUUCGAGUUACUUCAAGGCAAAGAAUACGAGAAGGAUUUCCCAGGGUGCUAUAAGCCGUCCAUAAAAGACAAGGACGUGAUCGAAGAAAUUAGGAGAGAUAAUUUUAGAGUAAUUGAAUAG